AACUCGUGUUAUCAGGGCGAAUAAAAAGAGAAUUGGGUACAGUUUUAAAACAAAACUGGUGUUUUAAGAACUGCUUUUGAGUACAGAUGGCUCUCGAGUAAAGAAAUCCUGAGUAAAGUUGUCACACUGCCAUUAUAUCAACUCUCGUUUUUUUCGUAAAACAUAACCUAACAAAAAAUUGUUAUUUUCUAUUGUCUACGAACGAAAAAUAUUUUAUAUUUUAAUUCAACCAUUGCAGUAAAUAAGAAUUUCUCUAAUUAACAAAAAUUAUUAAAUAAUGAUUAUUGUUCAUUCAUAAAUUGACUGCAGUAAUUUAUUCUCCAUUGAAUCAUCAUAUUAACUAAAAUUUAAAGUACUUUAGUAAAAUUUCAAAAACUCAUGACUGAUGCACCGUAAAUAUGGAGUAUACAUAGAGACAUUAAAAAAUGCCUCAUCCAUGUGUAGUAUGUGGGCGGUCUCGGAUGAACCCAAAUAACCGAGAAGAAGAAUAUAUGUUUUUUGGUUUUCCUGUAAAUUAUGAUGAUCGUUGCAAAAAAUGGCUUGAAUUUUGUGGCCGUGAAGAUCUUUAUAAAUUAACAAAAAAACAAUUACUUCAACGUAUGGUGUGUUCUAAACACUUUCAAGAAAAAGAUUUUCUCAAUGAAUAUUUGGAUCGUUUAAAUUGUACCGCUGUACCGACUAUAUACGAUCCUAAACAAAGUUUAUAUAAUAUUACUUGUGUAUUAUGUGGAAGGUAUCGUAAAGAUCCGCCAGACCCAGAUUAUGAUGGCACAACAUUUCAUCAUUUUCCAGGUGAAGAAUUUCGUUGUCUCAAAUGGUUAGAUUUUGUCGGAAUUGAUUCUUAUUAUCGUUUGACACGGAAAGAAAUUUUAUAUUGUUAUAUUUGUUCUCAUCAUUUUAUAAAAUCACAAUUUUUGCCGGGUUACCGUAAUCGUCUUAUCGAUAAUGCCGUACCGAUGAUCCGCAAUCCUGAUUCGAUAGAUUAUGAAUUAGUUGUCGGAUUGCCACCUGCCGAUAUAAUCAAACCGAUUAGUGAGAAAAUGAAGAAAUUUGAACCAUUACCACCACAAGUAUUAGAAAGCCAGGCAUGUGCAGCAUGCGGACGAUCUCGAUCUGAUCCAAUGAACCGUGUAGAAAAAUACAAAUUUCAUCCGUUUCCUGCUUAUGAAAUUGGCCGUUGUUUAAGAUGGUGUCAGUUUUUAGGUCGUGAAGAUUUAUUGAGAAUGUCACCUAAUCAAAUUCGUAAACUUGUAUUGUGCUCAAAGCAUUUUUUAUCUGGUCAAUCAUUUCAAAAAGUCGGACCAUGUGAUGCUGUACCCACUAUUAAAGAUUUUGAAGAAAUAACAAUACCUAUUGACUCUGGGGAUUAUAUGGAUCAAAAAAUUAAGCAAGCAUCAGGAAGUGAAUUAAUUAAUGGAAAUACAAGUCAUUUAGACAGUGAAUGUAUGUUUGCAGAUAGUGAUAAACGUAAAAAAAAAAAAGAGGCACCCAUAGUAUCUAGUAAAAAACCGUUUAUCGCGAAUAAACCUAUGCCAUUAGCUAAAAAACGUGGUAAAUCUAAACGACCUACGUUAAUUACGAUUCCAAAACCACCACCCCCAUCAUUACAACCACCGCCACAAAUGAUAAUUGAUAACCGUGUAUUACGUAAAUUACCAUUGCCACCGGCAUCAAAUAAUUGUGAUUUAUGGAAAUUCACUCAAAUCCAACCUAACCAAAUACAACCGAUAACAAUUGCAAAUAAUAUAACACCAUUAACUAAUGUUAAUUCGACGAAUGUUAAAAAAGUUAUACUACCAUUUACAGGUAAUAUUUCAAAUUUAGGUAAACCUAUUCCUGUAUCAAGUUUAGAAAGUAUUCCACCGGGUUUAUUAAUAAAAAUUGAUUUACCUGAAACGAAUAAUACACAUGUGAAUAAUAUCAAACCGCAAAAACGUGAAAAAUUAGAUAAUAAUAAUGAUGAAUCAAUGGUGGUAUUGCAGAGACGUAAACGAGGACGCAAACGUAAAAUGCAAAAUCGAAUCGUUAACAUUGUAAACGAACAACAACCUGAAACACUUAAUCACAGUUUAGAAGAAUUGUUGACGCUGACAAAAGAGACGAAGGAAGAUGACGAAACACUUUUAGAAAAUGACAUUACGGAAGAAGUUAUAAUUGAAACAAUUGACGAGAAUUAUCAUGAUGAGAGUUUAGAAGAAGAACAAGAAGGCCAAGAAAAAAAUGCAGAAGAAAUUUUGGAUAUUGAUAAUGCUGAUGUUAUUAAUGAAGAGAUGAAUUCACAUAACCAGUUUGUUUUCAAUACGAUUGUUGGAAAUAAUGAGCAAGAACAAAAAAAAAAUGAGAAAGAACGACAACAGUCUAAUUGUGGAAGACAAAAAACGGGACGUAGAGUGAUGACCGCUCGUACUCGAAACACUCUUUUACCGAUUAGAAGUGAAACAAACCGCUUUUUAUUAAAGUUACAACCACAAGUUCGUCGACUGCCGGAAAAAGCAAGAGCACGAAUCAAGUGCUUUAUUUUAACCAUGAUUAAUAAUCAUUUGUAAAUAUUAUUUUGGUAAUAAAAAUAAUAAUAAAUGUU